GCCAUUGCACGGGGUUCUGUACGGGUCUACAUCACACGUCGUCACACGGGCUUGUAGAGCUGGGGUUUGGGAAAAUACCGGUAUAUAGAGUCCUGGAUUUACGAACAAAGAAACUGGAUGUACGCGCUAUUCAGCUACAAGUGAUCAAUUUACCUGGUAAGCAGAUGUGCUCCUAUGGUACAGCUUUUGUACAACAUACCAGUGACUGGAGCAACGAUAGUAAUGAAUGCUUGUUGUACAGGACUACUGGCUUAGGAUGUCGGCUUCCGAUUCAGACUGCUCCAUAGACUGGUUGGCCAGCGAUGCUGAUGAUGACGGUGUUUUUGAUUCAGAAAGUGACAGGCAGUCCAGACCUUCCCCAGUGCCACAGCACUCCUGCUGUUCCAGUGAGACUCCGCCCAGUUUAACUUACACCUGCACUACGAGUGAGCAGAAACACAGCCUAGACAGGGAGCACUUCCAUUUACCUGGAGACUGGUGUAAUGAAGGAGUUCCCUCAAGCUGCAAUUCACACCUUUCCAAAAGCGAUGUGUCUUGGAAAAGGAGGAGUGAUUCAGGACUGCAGGAAGCAGCCAUCUCCACAGUGUCUGUGAAUAUUGACCAGUCUGAAUGCUUGCAGAGUAAUAUGGCCAGACAGACUCUGAAAAGGAAAAUGAGCACAGGGGAAUUGGAGCAGAGAGAAGGCGCACACACGGGGUACUCGAACAAGGACGAGAUGUUUGCUCACAAGUGUCUGGAACUGCAGUGUUACAUCCAGCCACUGUCUUCAAUCUUGAUUGGCCUCCGAUCAGGGAGAUACAGCAAAGGUUUAAGCAGUUUCCAAGAGAGUGUUGCUAUGGACAGAAUCCAGAGAAUAAUGGGCGUUCUGCAGAACCCACACAUGGGUGAGCGGUACAUAAAGAUCCUUCUUCAGGUGGAGGUGAUGCUGAAGAAUUGGUUCCCUGGUGUCGGUGUCCAAGUCACAAGUGAUACAAAGGAUGAAACUACAUUCUUAAAAAAACAAAAGAUGUCUACUGACACUGUGACCUCUGCAGCUGCAGUUAGCAUCCCAAAAGCAGACUGUGCACUUCCCAAUAUUCUUCCUUCAUGCAACAAAACCCAUGGAAAUGGUGAACCAGCUGCAUUUUCAGCCACAAACUUCAAAUGGCUCCAUACAUCGCCCGUUUGUAGCUCGUCAGUGGGGCCUGCACUAGGUAGACACAGAACCACCCCUGGAGGCCAGGACGUUAUGCAAGACAACAUGGUAUCCUCUAGCACAGACGCAAGGACAAACCCCAGCCACUGCAGACCACCAGCCGGUAAAAUGAAUGCUCCGUGUUUAGAAAGACUGUUGAAAUCCAGGGAUAGUAUUAUCAGUGGCAAAGGCAAAAAGAGUGCCACAGAAACAAGCGGCUCUUUGUAAGAAAAGUCCAAUGUGUUUUGAGGGGGCCCACUUGUCAAACAUUACAAAUACUGUUCAGAGCUGAAGGAUGUAAAGCAUUUGUUUGAGACAUCAAUGUUUGCACAACUGCUGUUUUGCAGUGUAAUAAAUUCCUAGCCUUGUGAAAAACUCUGCAUUAUACUGGAUAUGUUGUCUUUUCAGGUACAAAGAUUGUCCUUCCAGUAUGGUACAUUAGGGUCUUUGCAUCAAUAUUUAUACAAUCAACCAUUAAAUCUAUUAAGGGAAUGCGGUCUGAAUAAGAUGUUUGAUGGGAACAUUAGUUACUAAGGUAUUCAGAUACAAAAAAAAUGACAUAAUCAAUGUAGCAUGUCGUCCUAGAAUAUUCAUAGGGAGUGUUCAAUGUAAGAUUAUAUCGUGAGUUAAUGAUGUGACUGCUACCAUGUAUUAGACUUUACAUGUAGUUCAAAUGUACAUAUACAACAUUACUACCUCAACCUGGCACUAUGUCAAGGCAAAAACAUUAACACCUACUCUAUGGCAACUGUAAUGCAUUUCUUGCAGAACACAUUGUAAAAUAAUCAGUGUGAAACUAUAAACAGCUUUUACUACUUACGUUAGUUGUACAAAUAGUAAAAUAAGCAUGGAUAUGGUGUUGAUUUUAAACCCUGCAUAGUGCCAUUGUGAAGAAUGUGAAAUACAGCAUAUGUUUUGAAAGUCUCUUGGUACUAGGUGCUAGUUUAUCUGACCUGUUCAGGUUUCUGUAUACCGUAGCCAAUAGUGAUGAAAUUAUUAACUUUGAGAGGACACCAUGAAAUACAUGUGUCUGAAGGAUCUUUACAUCCUAGAACCUUCCUUUUGGAAUUUGCCAUUUUCUGUAUAACAAGUACAUUAUUCAACCCUGCCAACUGUACUAUGUCAUCAAGUGUAACAGUAGUAUUUAUGUUGACACAGGUAAGGAAAGUAUACAGGUAAAGGGAGUGGGAAAUACUUGUAAAUAUUACUAACCAUGUCCAGGUUGUUAAUUUACACUAUGAAAGUGGCCUUUUAAAGUGUGCAAUUUUAUACUUUGAAAUAAAUGUGGUUGUAUUAA